AUGCUGGAUGCCUCACGGAUGAAACGACUACAUGGUGACUGGGAGACCAUUUCAAGACUUCGUUAUCGGGGGCUGACGCUACUCUAUGACUCAAAGCCUCGGUUUUCAUUACUAGGUGUUCGAUUUGAUGUCAACGACGUCACCGACGACACAUUUCUGACCUUCUAUAAAUUAACCCAUCGACAACUACGACGUUUACAAGCUUCGUUUAAGUUACCGGACGUGAUCCGGACAGGUUCGCACUCGCCGUACCCUACAAGAUGGAUGGAUAUGGCUACAAUCUACGGAAGGUGGCCAAGUGCUCUAAGUAGUAUUUUCUACUUUGUCAUCGGAUUGAUUAGUGAGAAGUGUGUGAAGCUAUUUGCAACCAAGGAGGCGAGCUAG